UUUACAAAAACAAAUAGGGAAUAGCAAGUAACUAAAUCAAGAUUUAUGAAAUUGUACAAAAUGAAUCGUAAGGAAAAAUAAAAAUUAUUAUGUAGAAAUUGAAGAAAAAUAUAACAAUCAAAUAGUCAAUUUUGAAUUCAUCAAACCUAUAGAUUAAACAUUUCAUUCCUGUAAUUUGAUUCCAAUGAAAUUGAAACACGGCUAUUAUGAUGUUUUCGUACAAACAUGCGCUAAAUAUCCAUCCAGCAUAGCCAUGAGACAAUAUGAUAAUGGUUUCUACAAAACUUAUACAUAUUCUGAACUCUUUGGAGUUUGUGAAUAUAUAUCCCAAAAUUUACAACAGUUGACAUGUAAAAAAGGAAUUAUUGGAUUAAUAUCAGAAAGGAACAUAAUCAUUCCUUGUGUUAUAGCCGCAGUUCACAAAUGCAGUACAACUUUUAUGUUUAUGAAUCCUCAGGAUUUCGAAAAAAUUACACAAAAAAUUCAAUUAAAGAUUUUGAUUCAUAUAACACAGAAUGUAGAAAGUGACAGUUUAUCAGAAUUUUUGGGUAGGAAGUCGGAUAAAACUGUUAAUGUUUUUAAUUUGGUAAUUAAUUUUUAUAACUUAGACCCAUGUGGAAGUCAACAUGAUUACAAACAUUUGCCUGAACAUUCUUAUAUAGCAAUGACAUCAGGCAUCACUGGAGAACCUAAGCACAUUCAGGUACCAAUACAAUGCAUGCAGCCUAAUAUAGCAGACCUAACUAAACUGUUUGAUAUUACUCAAAAUGAUAUCAUAUAUUUUUCCACACCACUGACAUUUGACCCUUCCAUGAUCGAAAUUUUAUUAGCCUGCAUGAAUGGGGCUUCCCUUCUUAUUGCACCAGAAAAAGCUGAUGUAUUAUUUCAUGAAAAAAAUGAAAACUCUGUGACAUUUUGGCAAACAACACCAUCAAAAUUCUUUCAACAAUCAAACACAGAUAUUAAAUAUAAAAUUUUCAAUGCAAAAUCAACACUGAAAAUAUUAGCACUGGGAGGAGAGCCCUUAUACGGCAUAAAGAGGUUGAAAGAACUAAAAGAUGCUAAAAAUAAAACAAAAUUAUUUACCCUCUAUGGUGUCACUGAAAUGUCAUGCUGGGCUUGUGCUGCUGAAUUGGAUUUGAAUAAAAUUCAUUGUGAUCGGGAAGUACCUCUUGGGAAAUGCCUUUCAGAAACACAAAUUAUAUUACAGCCUACCCACAAAAAUAAAAAAACAGGAAAGAUUGUUCUUGCUAGCAAAACAAGAAAAUGUACCAUUUUAAAUAAAGCAACUGGAACGGAUGAAGAUAAUUCUUUAAAAUAUGUAGACACAGGAGAUAUUGGAGAAAUAAGGAGUGGAACAAUUUACUACAGAGGUCGUAAAGAUGACAUAAUAAAGAGGUUUGGUAACAAAGUUAAUUUACAAGCAAUAGAGGCUACAAUAAUGCAAUGUCCUAGAGUAAAAACAUGUUCCUCUAUUUGGCUACCAAAGCCUAUGUUACUGGUUGUAUAUUAUUCCUCAGAAACAUUAACUAGUAGAGAGCUAUCUGACUUCUUAAAGUGUAAACUUGAUGAUAAGCAUUGGCCUGACAAAAUUAUAAGAGUUGACAAUUUACCAAUGAAUCCCCAUGGCAAGAUGUCAAGGCAAAUUCUAUCUCAAAUGUUUGAAAAGUCACAAGUACCACACACCUCGAAAUCUCUGAUGGUGAUAUUGAUAAAAGAACUUAAAGUAACAUUAAAUAGAAACCUCACUUAUGAAGAUAUAAAAGACAAGGAAUUCUUCACAAUUGGUGGUACAUCUUUUCUGGCGGUUUCAUUAUGUAAUAAAUUAUCGCUAACAUGUCCGAAGUUUGGCAAGUUUAUCUUACCUUAUUUAAUUACUGGGAAAAAUACAAUAGGCGAAAUAAUUCAAUUAGCCAUUAAAGAAUUAGGAGUAGAUGAAAAACAUAGCAAAAGAAGGCUGAAGAGAUCUAGAUCAAACACAGAAAGCUUUGCAUCAACAGCUCAAUCUCAUAAAAAAUUAAUUGAAAACCAUUUAGGGAAUCCUAUUGAAUUUGUAGUUGUUUGGACAUAUGACACUGGGAAAUGUGUUGAUGCAUCUCCAACUUUAUUCCAGAAUGGUUUCAAUCAGUACGUGACCGUGGGCAGCCACUCGGGUAAAAUAGUUGUUGUUGACGCAAUCAGUGGCAUAACGCAAGGAGUUGUCAAAGUGAAAUCGAGGGUCGAAGCAUCAGUUUUUUGCUGUAGCGAGGCACCACUAACGACACCAUGUGGUAUGGUUGGUACUUACGAUGGUACCAUCGUAUGCUUCACGUUAAAAACAUGCGAAGAACUUUGGCGUAUAAACAUUGGAUCUAUGAUUAAAAGUAAAGGAACUUGUUAUAAAGGAUGCCUUUGUAUUGCCGCUUACGACGGUAACAUACGCUGUAUUGAUAUUGUGUCAGGAGAAAUAAAACAUACAAUACACAUAACAGAUCAGGCUAUAUCAGCUGAUUUAGUCCUUGCUAAAAAUGAAUAUAUAGUCCUGGGCACACUAUCAGGUGUUUGUGCAAGUGUACACAUAGAGUCAAAAACUGUGGCUUGGCGAGGCACGCUUGAUAGUCCCGUGUUUGCAAGUCCCGUGCUUUACGACAAUGACAAAUAUGUUGUAUUUGCGGAGGUAAAUGGAGAAAUACAUUGCCGAACAGUUGAAAAAGGCAUCAAGAUUUGGAAAUACCAAGGUGCAAAGGGAAAUAUAUUUUCAUCGAUUUACAUAAAGGAAAUUGAAAAAUUUAAAUGGCAAAUGGUAUUUGGAUGUCACGACAGUAAUGUUUACAGUAUCAUUGUAAAAAAUUUUCAACCAAGUUUACAAUGGAAAACUCAACUCACAUCCCCAGUUUAUUCAACGCCACGUUGCUUAAGCGACAAAAUGAUCUUGGCUGCCUCCAAUAAUGGAAUAUUGUCCAUCUUAGAUUCGGAGAAAGGUGCUAUAAUCUCUGAAUAUCAUCUACCAAAUGAAACAUUUUCAACUCCCGCUAUAUAUGGCGAUUAUAUUUUUAUUGGAUGUAGAAAUGAUCAAUUAUACUCAAUAAAAUAUGCGCUGCAUUUGUAAUUCAUUUAUGAUCUUUAUAUUAUGUGAAAAGUACUAUAAAUUAUCUAGUCAUUCAUAUUUGCACUAUUAAGCCUGUAUCUUAGUUUUAAAAGUUGCAAUGAAAUAAACACAUGUAUUA